AUGUGCCACGUCUUGGGGCAGUUUAUUUUAUUUAUGACAAUGUUCAAAACGUUACUACUGCCACUUGUUUUAUGGGAAGCAAGGGUCCUUGCAGAAAAUGAGGACGAGCUUGGCAUACCAUUUCAUAUCGUUAAUACUUUACCCGAAGAUGAGUACUACAAUUCAACUGCAAGUAGGUACAUUGAUACUCUUUGGGGCACACAGGCAAAUGCAAUUGCUGUUGCUGGAUAUUAUUAUGAGCAGUUAAUCAUCCAAGAAGUUUUAUUCACCCUAACUACCGAUGGUAUAUUGCAAGGCAAUGACUCUGACUCUAAGGUUGAAGUAACUUCACCAGGUGGUCGUUUGACGUACAGGGAAGAAAAUGAGGGUACUCCCGGAUUCUCUCUAGAUCUCAAUGACCCACCUGCCCUUUUGCUGGAUGGAGCAACACCAACAAUAUGGAUCUGUCCAUCAGGUAAUACUCCUGAGGUACACAUCUACGACGAGUCACCCGGAGAUGACUGUCUUGAAUAUUUAGUUUCGGUUCAACCCUUGGAGCCAGGUACAAUUGAUCCACCAGGUGAUGGUGAUGAUGGCCCAGGCGACGGUGAUGAUGGCCCAGGCGACGGUGAUGAUGGCCCAGGCGAUGGUGAUGACGGUCCAGGUGAUGGUGAUGAUGGCCCAGGCGAUGGUGACGAUGGCCCAGGCGAUGGUGAUGACGGUCCAGGCGAUGGUGACGAUGGCCCAGGCGAUGGUGAUGAUAGCCCAGGCGACGGCGACGAUGGUCCAGGUGGUGGCUCUGGUGGUGGCUCUGGUGGUGGAUCUGGUGGUGGAUCUGGUGGAGGUUCUGGUGAUGGAUCUGGUGGUGGUGAUGAUGAGGACGACACAACUACUACUACAAGUAGUUCAACCACCUCAAGCCCUGCAACUAGUCCAACCACCUCUACAACAUCAGCUACAGGUACUUCAACCCCAACAAGCACGCCAGGGACUACCACUUCAGCUCCCACGACGACUUCUAGCCCAGAAGCAACCAACGCUGGUGGAGCCGCCAACCUAGUUGGCCCUAAUGGGCUGCCGGGAUUGAUUGGAGGGGUAGCAAUUGCUCUACUGAUUUAA